GGAAAACCCUCCGCCAAUUGCGAGCAAAGCACCGCGGGCACCCUCCAACCCCCCGCGCCCCUCCACAAUCCCCCAGCACACAUCUGCAGGCUGACGCGGUGGACUCUUGAGGCGCGCGAGAAAUCACACGAAACGAAACCAAAAGACAGAAAAACCCAGGGGGAGCAAGUUACUAAAGAAAGUCGCUAA